GCUACAAGGCAAUGGUGCUGUCUGGAGCAAACGCAGCCAAAAACAAGCACAGGUUGUUGUUGUUUUUUUGGUGGGCUAAGCCGCAAUGGGGUUCAAAGAGGCCGUUUUGUUUGGGUUCGUGCUCCUCUUCUUGGGGGGCGCUCCCCCCUCUGCUGCUACGCAAAGCUGGCCCGACGAGACUCUCGACCGAACCCUCGAGGAGCGAGAGGAGGCGUCCCCCCAGCUGCCCGGAGCGGGUCGCAAGUCCAACCGGACGGAUUCCGGCGCGCCGGGGCGUCCCCUCCUCACCUACCAGCUCCGGGUCCACCUGCUUGGGAACCCGGCCGUCACCAAGCAGCCGCCGCCGCCCCCGCCCCUCGAGGCCCAGAUAGACUCCACUCACGACCCCCAGGUGCCGCAGCCGAGGGCGCCCAACCCGCAGCAGCCGCAGGUCCGGCCUCAGCAGUUGUUGAAACUUAUUCCGGGCCCCGAUCUGAACCCACCCGUCAAGCCAGUCCGGACACAGGCGUUUGAGAAGCGGGUUCCUGUGCCGCCCAGCAGCGUGGCGGCGCUCUGUGGCCAAAGAGGGGUCAACGUAGAGGUCAAACAGAACUUCCUGGGAAACGGCCAGUUGAUCCGUCCCAGUGAUCUGACCCUAGGAGGUUGCGCCGCGCUGGACAUUGAUCACCACAUCCUGCGGUUCCAGUCGGAGUUGCACGGCUGCAACAGCGCAAUAAGGAUGACUGAAGAAGACCUCAUCUACUCCUUUUCUCUGCUGUAUUAUCCCGCUCCCAUUGACAACACCUUCAUUUUUAAGACCAACCCCACUGAGGUGGUAAUUGAAUGCCACUAUCAAAGGAGGCUUUAUGUGAGCAGCGGCGCCAUGAUGCCGACCUGGAAGCCGUUCGUCGCCAGCAUGCUGGCGGAGCAGGAGCUGCAUUUCUCUGUGCGCCUCAUGACAGAGGACUGGGAGUCACAAAGGCCUUCCGGCGACUACCUCCUGAGCGACGUGGUACACAUCGAGGUGGCGGUUGACCAGGGCCACCACGUCCCGCUGAGAGUCUUCGCGGACACCUGCGUGGCGACCAAGAGCCCGGACCCCAACACUCAGCCCAGAUACUCCUUCAUCAACAACCACGGGUGUUUAAGUGAUACCGAGGUGACGGGAGCCAAGUCCUACUUCAUGCCGAGGAGCCAGGAGGACAAACUUCACUUCCAGCUGGAAGCCUUCAGGUUCCCCAACAACCAGAGAAAUUCGCUCUACAUCACAUGUAACCUGAAAGCAAAGCAAGUCUCCAAACCCAUCGACCCGGAGCACAAAGCGUGUUCUUACUUGACCGAGGCUAGAAGAUGGGUGGCAUCCGGUGGAGACAACAAGGUGUGUAGCUGCUGCAUGACCAGCUGCGGCGAGCAGAGACUGAAGAGAAGCCUCGGCGGGGCUGUCGAUCCACAGUGGGAGGGGGUGGCGGCUCUGGGCCCCAUCCAGAUGGAGGAGAGCAUCCUGCUGGACGAGCGGACUGGGCCCUCGGCGCUCCAAAUGCACAAAGUGACUCCAGCAGCCUCGCGUGUCUCCACCUCCCUGCUGUGUGCCGUGAGCGUAUCCCUUGCCGCCCUGCUGCUGUUGGGGUUCAUGGGGGCAGUCGUUCACGGUGGACACCACAAACGCACUGGCCACUUUGUUUGCACCUGAUUACAGACAAUAAAACUAUCUGAAGCCUCAUCUGACAUUACUCUUUACUGAAGCCA